GGUGGGAUGCUCGGCGUUUCUUCAACGCGCACGCACCAUUGUCUACAAUGGCCAAACUACGUGCGCGCUCCUGCUGUGUAGCAACAAGAUGGCGGUCGCCGCCGGAUUAGGCGUGAAAGUCCCUCGCAAUUUCCGGCUCCUGGAAGAGCUGGAGGAAGGCCAGAAAGGUGUGGGAGAUGGAACAGUGAGCUGGGGUCUGGAGGACGACGAAGACAUGACCUUAACACGGUGGAGAGGGGUGAUUCUUGGCCCUCCAAGGACGAGCUAUGAAAACCGGAUGUACAAUCUGAAGGUGGAAUGUGGGCCAGAAUACCCAGAGUCACCACCGUUUGUCAGAUUUGUGACAAAGAUAAACUUGAAUGGCGUGCACACCUCCAACGGUGUGGUUGACAUGCAUGCAGUGACUGCACUGGCCAAGUGGCAGAACUCCUACAGUAUCCGGAUGGUGCUGCUGGAGCUGCGACGGCUCAUGACCUGCAAGGAAAACAUGAAGCUUCCUCAGCCACCCGAGGGCCAGAUCUACAGCAACUGAGCCCCUGCUACUUUUGCCUCCAUCUUUUUCCUCCCUUCCCCUCCCUUCCCCAACUCUUCUGUUUUGCUUUUCAUCCCAUUAUCCCCAUUCUCUCCCGCCAUGUGACAUUCAACCUCCUGCCAACACCUUGACUGAGCACACACAGAGCAGAAUACUUAUAAAUACAUGCAAACACAUACAGAUCAGAUAAGUUUAUACACAAACACACAAAAUAACAAAUGCAAAUCUACAUACACCAAUAUCGCAAUAUCUGUAUACACAGUAUAGUGUUCAUGAAUCAUUCCAGGCCCUCCCCUCCCUCUCCCAUCACUGGAGCUCUGGGUGGACUCAAUGUGACAAGUCCUCAGUACACCAGAUACGAUCAUUCGAAUACUGUAAAUGUUACUAAUCUUUUUUUUUUAUUAUUAUUUGUUAAAAACGAAAUGCAGAUUGUACAAUAACAUAAAUAAUCUUAUUGAGUGUACCUCCUCUGUGUGUUGCCUUUUUGUAACCUUAAACGGCCACUUAAGAUUAACGCACAUAGUUCGCUAAAAAUGCUGUUAGUUAUUAGAUAAUCUUCAAGGUGUACACAUAAAGAAAACCCAAAUGCAUUCAACUUGGCAAAUAAUGUGAAGUAUGUAUUGUCAUGUGGCCAGAUGUCUGAUGAAAUAUUUUCCUCCGUGUGUGUUUGCGCAGAAUAAAUGUUCUCACGCA